AUUCCGCCGGUAGAGGCUCUGCUAGGUCGGCACCACGCGCGGACUGGAGCUCGCAGUAGCCGGAGCUGGAGUCACGUAACGGCUGUGUUUUCGACCGUUUUCAACAUCCGAGGAAGCAUGGAGAUGUAUAGGCCCGAGCCAGGUAAAAUAAUUCGACGUAUUUGCUUCCGUUCUUCGAUGUCUAAGUCGUUAAUUCACGGAUAAGCAGCAAUUUUGUUUAAUCGUGUACAAAUGUCAUUUCGGUUCCUGAAAUAUCGGCUAGUCCGUGAUUUUCCGCCGCCCCCUGAGCUCGCAGGGAGCAGUGGGGAAAACAAACAGGUCGAACGGAGGAAGAUUGGUAGCCGGUUGGAUGUGGAGGUUGUUUAGCGGCGAAUGAAUCGUUUAGUGUUGUCGGCUUUUGUCGGGUGCUAUUCAAAGUUUUCCUUCAGUUGUCGGUGCUUUUCAGUACGGUGCAUUUAGGACGCUGUUUGGAGUGUUCGCUUUCCGAGUAUGUUGCCGCGUAGUCUACCCGCUUCGGUUUUGUGUUUUUCUCAACGUUGUUUACCGGUUAUAAUUCGACGUUUAAUGAUUUAAAUUCACCGGCAAACGGCUCUGAAUUUGGUGAGACACUUUUAAACAUGCAUACAAGGCGUUUAGUGAAACGUUCGAUCCUCGGCAGCCGCGUUUAUGCGCCGAGUCCGACGGGGGACGGUGCCCCGGUGACAGGAGUGGUCCAGGCUGUCAAGCAGGAAAACAGAGACGUCUCGGCCGUAGGAACCCGGCGCAGCGUCUACACCGUGCUAAUGCAGGACGGGAGCCUCAAGGAGUUCUCCGAGGAGGAGAUAGCCGCGGGGUUCAACCACACUGCAGCCAAAGGACCGCUUAAGUCCAGCUUGAAGCAGACCUCCAGUAACGGAGCUCCAGAGAGCCAUAAAGUGGAAGGCGGCCCCCUUAGCCCAGAGGCAGUGGAGGAGCAGCGGGUGGCGGACGGCAAGCGGGUCGGCCGGGACCCCGACACCCGAUCAGUGUCUCUGCUAGAGCAGAAACGCAAAGUGGUCUCUUCCAGCAUUGAUGUCCCUCACGCCAGACGGUCAGAGGAGGAAGUGGACAUGGACAAGGUGACGGCUGCCAUGGUGCUGACAACUCUCUCCACCAGCCCCCUGGUCAGAAGUCCACCUGUUAAAGUCAACGAAGGUCUGAGUGGUUCGUGGAAGGAAAACGGCUCAGCUGGCCCCUUCACCCCAUCCAGCAACAACUCUUCAGGGGGCUACUGGAGCUGGUCUGCCCCUAGUGACCAGUCCAACCCUUCUACACCUUCUCCACCUCUCUCUGCCGACAGCUUCAAGCCCUUCCGUGUGCCCAGUCUGGGUGGUGUGGGAUCCGGCCCUGCAGGGCCUGAAGACCCCAGCCUGGAUGAACAGGACGGCAGCAGCCUGCUCUUCGAUGAGCCCAUCCCUCGCAAGCGCAAGAACUCCAUGAAGGUGAUGUUCAAGUGCCUGUGGAAGAACUGUGGCAAGGUGCUGAGUACCGCUGCUGGCAUCCAGAGACACAUCCGCACCAUCCACCUGGGGCGUAACUGUGACUCGGACUGCAGUGAUGGCGAGGAAGACUUCUACUACACAGAGAUCAAGCUCAACACCGACUCGGUGGCCGACGGCCUGAGCAGCCUGUCCCCUGUGUCCCCGUCCGUCCUCUCUCCCCCUCCUCCUCCCCCCUCUCCUCUCCCGGCUCUCAGCCAGCUGUCCGACUCCCACAGACCUCCGCAGUACUCCGACACCAAGGAGCCUCACGCUGGCGGCACCACCCCGCUCAGCCGCUCUGCGCCCAGCGCACUCUACCUCAUCCACACGGACCACGCCUACCAGGCCACGGCUCCAGUGUCCAUCCCGUCCAGCAGCAGUAACGCGACUGGCUCACCCUCCACCAGCUUCACUCCCACCAACAGCUCCAGCUUCAGCAUCUCCUGGCAGUCACCGCCCGUCACUUUCACCGGGACCACAGUUUCCCCCAGUAAAAGCCAUGGCUUUGGCGAACAGCGCUCCCAGACCAUCGCCGUCCUCUCAUCCCCUCCCAGAGCCACCACUGCCCUCAGUCGGAAGGUGCGCGGUGAGGGCAAGAAGUGCCGUAAGGUGUAUGGGAUGGAGAACCGCGACAUGUGGUGCACCGCCUGCCGCUGGAAAAAGGCCUGCCAGAGAUUCACCGACUGAACGCUCCCCACCAACCUCACAGUGCACCACCCCAACGGCCACUGCUGCCUUUCGCCAGAGAAAGGGGCAAGGGGCAUCGUUUUGCAUGCAUUUGGUUUUCUUCAGCUCAAAAUCACAACUCUCCGUCAAACGCUGGCUCCGCCACUGACGUUGCCCCCACCCCCCCUCAGCUUCACUGAACGCCAGCUGUGGAAGGAACCAAAGGACAGCAGAGUCAUCUUUUACAUUGCCGUCCAGGAUUUCUAGUACUGCCUCGCCAUUCCCGGUUUUUGGGAAACCCCAGGGCAGCUAAACAGUGUAAAGAAAAAAUAGAUCUAACGAUUUCUCCUGUUUUUUUAUGUUGGGUUCAGUGUUGCAUCUUUCUGUGUUUUGUAAAGCUCUGGUUUCUAAAUGGGAGGUCUAGUCAAAGAAGGGGUCCGAAAAAAAGGCCAAAAGCUUUUUUGUGUUUUGUCAAAAGAAAAAACUAAUUCUUCACCUUUUUUUUUUUUUUUUAUCCAAAAGAAGAAUUGGCGUCUUUGCUCCAGUUUUUGAAGAUUAUGAAAAAGCAUGGAGGUAAAGCUCAGAGUUUUUGUUGUUCCUUCAACUUGUUCAUCUCUUUUGUUUUAUUUCUGGACUUUUUGAGGUGAUCUUUUAUCACAGACAUCACAUCCUCUCCCGGUUCCUCACUUGUUCUUCACUCCUGACAACCCCGGGCGAAUGUACAGCAGAGCCGGGAAAGGCAGGUUGACAUGUAGAGAAAGUGAGGAAUAGAGACAACCAAGGGGAAUGAUCAAUGCAACAAAGAUACCAUUUUCAGACAGGGAAAUCAGAUGGACCAUGCCAGUGAUUUACCACAUAAAAGGUACAGCACAGGUAUUCCCCCACAAUCGAACAAAGAAGAAAGAAGAAAGAAGACAGGAACUGUUUUCUAUGUCACUUUUUCAACCAGUUGAUUCCUUUUCUUUGUUUUAUCAGGGAUGUGAUUCUAAAGAAAUCAAAAACCAGCAGCUUGGGGUUAUACUAUAUACAGCACUCAGUCUCAAUAGCUUCUCUUUCAUUACACAUGACAACUUUGCAACCAAAAACUCCUUUAUCGUAUUCUUUAUGUUUUUGGUUUUUGUUACGGUGUUUACCAUGUUUACUGUUGUUGAUGUAUUUUUUUUUCUUUCUUUUUGUGAAACCAAGACUGUUUACCGACCACCUGCUAAAGAAAGUGUGUUAAAAGACCUUCCUGACAGCACUGGAAGCAUUAAGUCAUCAGCGUGGGAGCUUUCACCACAUACAGAGAGACCGAUUGCCCUCCUCCUCAACCAACUUUGACACCUUCCCAAAGGGAACAAAAUAUCUUUGUGUUUACGUACGCCACAGAGGCGCAUCUUGAUGAUCCAAAGGGGGAGGGCUGAAAACCAAAAGUGAGGCACUUGCACUGUAUGUGUGUGUAACGGAGCACUUGGUAUAUUUGUGGUUACUUCUAUUGAGUUGAAAAUGUUUCCAUCUUCCACUAGCCCUCUUCAUUUCCAACUUAACUUGUUAUAAAAGGAAGUAAGAGCAACAAAAAAAAGUUUUGACCUCCCAGAUGUUGCUACUCCCCUUAUUGGAACCAAUAUCUGCUCCAAGAGUUUUGGGCGGAAUAAGUUAUAUGCACUUAAUUAGGUCACUCCUUUGUUGUUUAAUGUGCACUGCACACUUUAUUCACUUGGCAACAUGCAAGCAAAGCUUUGAUUCAAGCUCUCAUAAAAGUCCUUGUGGCCUUGUAAUUGACAAGGUCAAAAGUGGAAUUGGUAAAAAAAUGUCUGAUUUGUCAUUUGUGUUCAUUUGAAUUCCAGCAUCCUUGUUGGCUCAAAGACAGGAAACAAAAUCACAAGACCAAAUACUUUACAGAUGUUCACUCUGUAGUGAUAAAUGGCCCCAACUCUUUUGCCACCCGGGGCUGCGUUCUACUUUAUUACAAUGUGCUGAAAUUGAUAGAAAUAUCCUACAGAUGUCCUACAAACAGGCACGUUGUGAUUCUGUUCCUGCAUUUACUCUCUGCAUUAUAUGAAAUUUGCUUGAAU